AUGGAAAAAGUUCACUGUGGCGAUGUGCGGAUACCAGCUGUUAAUCGGACGGAAAUAAGAGACAGUUAUAGUGAUUCAGGAGUCACUAGAAUGGUCCAGCAGCUGAGCCUAUAUUCCGUUAUUGACGAAGGAUCAUUUGAUCUGCUUAUAGCGACGAUAUCUGCGCUUUCGGGAAGAUCUCCGGUGCUCUUCGCUAACUACAACCACGUUGCGCAUCCGAACCCUAACUAUGCUAUCGAGAAAGUUAAUGCCAAGAACCAGCUUGUCGAACAGACGCGGGUGCAGCUGAUGCAGGAGAUCCCGUUUGAGAAGCUACAGACGGAGGAGUACAGCUACAAGUUGUGUACCAAAAUGACCGGCGAUGGGCCGCCAAUAGAGACAGAGUACCUGAACUCGCUGAUGCGCAGCUGCGGCGACGGCACGCGGCCGUGGAGUCUCAGUUUGUGGGAUAUCCCGUCGGCGGGCAAGGACAGGAAGGUGUGCACACAGGCGGUGGUUGAAUCAGUGGUGACCAGCACCGGGGGCGCGCAUUCGUCCAUCCUGAGCUUUCUUGCGGAGCUGGGGUACGUGCCCGGCUAUCAGUUCGUGCAGCUGGGGACACAGUUCUACCUGGAGAACGGAAUUGUCUUUCAGAUCAGCAAGCUGUGGGCACUGCACGGCGAGAGCGGCAAGACCUCUGCCGUGACAAAAGACGGAUUCCUAAUCAAGGCAUAUCUGAACGUGCCCAAAGCCACCGAUCUCGAGUCCAUUAACCAGGGCACGGCACAUCUGCAGCAGCUGAAAAGAGAGCUGCGAGACUACCUGGAGCUCUCGAUUCCCGAUAGGAAGUCCAUGGAUUCACGUGUGGGGCACCUGAACGAUUUCUGA